AUGCACAGAUCUCAGUUUUGUCCGACCAUUGGUGCUCAGUACAAGAAGCUAGCCGUACGCGCAAUUAAGCUGUUCUCUGAAAGCAUCAUGUUCCAUUUCCGAAACUUAUUCCUUCUUUCAUUAGCGGCCUUUGUGCCCAAUGUCCACACAGCCAGUCUACCUCAUUUGGUUUCUACUGCCAAUAUUUCCCCGCGAGCUACGCUCGAAGGCAAUCUUAUCAAUAACACCGAUUUCAGCAACCCUACUAUCGCACCAUGGGUCUCAGAGAGGGGCUGGUUUUCAACCUGGCAACUUACUACGCAGGGUUGCUGGCCUGGGCAAUGCAUUCAGGUCACCGGUCUAGAUUAUCGUGGUUACGGACAAAUCUUUUCACAAACCGUCACCGUCCAGGCGGGCAAGAGAUACGCCGCCGUUAUAAAUACUGUGGUCGACACGCCUCUCACGCAAUGCCGCGUAAGCAUGCUCUGGGAUGGCAAAGAGAUGCUCACAUAUCCUUCACAAAGAGAUUGGACGAGCCUCGCCAGGGACAUGCCAGUAAGCACGACAACAUCAGAACACACAUUUGGAAUACGCAUGACCUGUGUCGGCGUUAGUGGGAGACCAUCUUGGAUUAAGAUUGAUAGAAUUUUUCUCAUUCCAUCCUGGUUCAAGUAG